AUGGCGCUCACGGUGCUCAGGAGCGUUGGAAAUACCAACGUCGCGCUCGAGCGAGCGAGCGAGGAUAGGGAGCGGGCGACGGGGACGCGGGACGCGGGACAACGCGACUCAAAGGAGAGUACGCGAGCUGCGGAAGGGAAAGAGAACGGCGAUGUCGACGACGUGUUGAGCGCGCACGCUGAGCGGGCGCUGGACGUGUGCGAUGUGAGUGAUGGGAACGAGGUCGAGGAUACGCGUGAGAGCGAGGCGGACAUGAGCUGGGACGAACGGGCGGAGCGCUCGCUCGAGGCGGGUGUCGUCGACGUCGUGGGCGAGUGGUUGAACGACGUGGACGCCAUAGCGGCGGAGGCCGAUCGCGCGUGCGGGAUGAAUUUACAGGCUUUGUACGCUCCUCUUCGCGGAGACGAAACGUUAGACCGCUUGAGAGGGGAUAAGAGCGCGCUCAAGCGUCGACUCAGGCAAUUUGAUGUUCGCGUCUUGCACACGACAGGUCGCAAGACGACGCGAGAGGAUAAGAGGCAUCUCAGGCCUUUGUACGUUCGAUUGGCUAAGAUCAAGGACCUGAUCGCAAUCAGAGAGGUGGGGGGAUAG